UCCGCCUUAUCGUACUCUUCAAUUUUGUCUCUUCCUUAAUAUCUUAUUGUAUUUUUCCUCGUCAAUUUCUCCGACCUCUUACUUAACCUUCCUCUCUCUCCUCCUCCUUUUCCCCGACUAAAACUUGGUGGUGGCGGCGGUGGUGGUGUUACGCAGGGCGGCAGCAAACGAGCUGGCGGAGCGGACGAAUGUUAGGAAUAUAGCCAACAAGCGACGACAGCGCUUAGGGAGCAGACGCUUUGCGCUCAUCGUCUGUCACACGCACCAGCCACGCUGUCAUCCUUCUCAUCCGUGUGUUAACACCAUUCUCCAGGAGUCUCGCACUUUCCGCUAUGGAAAGCCUGCUGCGUACUGCUUAUGAAAACCUGUGCAGCGAAGACGUCCGCACCGUCAAGGUCGGUCUCCGGCAGGCCGAAUCGGUUGUGUUCCAGGUGUCGAAACCGACCGAGGAAAACAGGGUGCCGCUGAGCAUCUUUCUCAAACUACAAGAGUCGUUUCUGUACAACUUGACGACUCCUUGCUUGCAGGCCUUUGGGCAAUUGGUCAAGGUACACUACGAAGCAGUUCAGGCGCAGGACGCCGACACAGAGACGUUGGUGUGCAAACUCUUGUGUGAUAUCCUGCAUGUGAUGGAAGGUCUGGUGCUACUGCAUCCUCCAUCGCAGCUGUGCUACAACUCAGAAGCCGUCCUCGACUUGUUUGGACGACUGCUACGUGUAUCACAGCCUGUAACUCUACAGGUCGCAGCUGUGAAGACGCUCGUCUGUGUCAUGGUCGAUCGACCGAUUGUCAUGAGGGCGUUUGAACGAAUUGGUGGUCUCGCUCGAGUGUGCAUGCUGUUUAAAAACAAGCAAACGCAUCAGCAGACAAAACUGCAAGCUCUCGAGUUCUUUUACUUUUACCUUUCUCCCGAACCAUAUACAUUAGAGCACGAACCGUACCGCAAAACGCGGACGGAGAAACAAGCCUACCUCUCGACCUUUCUCAGCAACGUGGACGGUCUGCGAAAGGAUCUCGAUACCUUUCAGCCUUUUGGCCGUCUUGAUGAAAGCCACGAUUAAUUAGCAGCAGCAGAGUUGGAAGUGACGGUGGCACCGAGUCUCGGCAUUACGACAGCCGUUCUUCGCUCUUUACUUUUCAAUUACUUUCAUACCCAGACCGAGUUUGUCCACUGCCCCUUUUCAACUGCUGCUUCGUAGAUGAAUGAACACGAAUACUUAAUGUCUCUUCAAUGUUAUGUUAUCACACAUUAAAAGAGUCCUAUCAUGAACAAAUAAACAAAAUUUAACGCAUUCAAAAACGUGAAGUUAUGUAUAUAUAUAUAUGUAUAUAAAUCAUCCAUAGAUCAUUGAUAAGAAAAAAGACGUAUUAUCAUAAGAUGGAC